AGAAGAUCAAGGAGAAGGAAAGGAUGAGGAAAUGAAAGAAAGAGAAGAGAAUGAUGAGAAAGGAGAGGAUGAGAGUGAAAAGGGGGAUGGUGAAAAACAGGAAGAGGAGAAAGAGGAAAGAGGAGUGCAUGAAGAAAGAGAUGAGGAAGCAAAUAAACCCAAAGAGGAAAGGGAGUGGCAAGAGGAGGAAGUGAAGGGGAAAAACAGGGAGGGGGAGGAGAAGGGGGGAGGUAAAAAAGAAGGGAAAGAAAAUAAGACAAGUGAUGGGGAGGUAGAACAAGAGGAGGAAGAAGAGGGAGCAUGUGAACAGAAAGGGGAGAUGGAUGAGGAGGAAGCGGGAGAGGAGGAAGGGGAAGGAGAAGAAGAGGAUAAAGAAAAGGAGGAGAAAGAUAGUAAAGGAGAGGGAGAGGAAGACGAAGAGGGAGAGGAAGAAGAAGAGGGGGAGGAAGAAGAAGAGAGAAAAUCACAGAAAGGGAUAAAGAAAGGGUCACAGAGCGUACCACCUAAAGCAGCUCCCCCCAGCAGGAAAGGGAAGGAAGAGCCCCCAAUGGAGAAACCCAAACCACCAGCCUGCACCAAGCUGAGGACCACAGGGGGAAAACAGGCCAAUGGAACCCAAGAAUCCCAACAGUUCUGGAACAAUGUCUUACCCCAGUACCUGGAGCUGAAGUGAAAUAUACUGGACAUCAAUGGUUCCCAAUUUUAUUUGGAUCAGAACCCAUAACCUGACUGUUAAUAACAGCUGGAAUGGGUCUGGACCUCAGAAAACUAAGCCAGGUGCUCAAUAUACAGCACGACCCUACGUAAACUCCUUGAAUUUAAUCAAUAUCUGCAUACAAUUUACACAAUAUGCCCACUGUACUGUAAGGUACUAAACUGAGUGUACUCAUGCACUAUACUGUACUGAAUUGUAAUAUACAGAUAUUUGUAUUAAAUAAAGAGAAAUUGAGAAUUUCACAGGA